AUGGAUCCAAUCGAGUCGACCGAGGGAGCUUAUCAAACUGGCCAAAUGGAGGACGACCAGAUAAUGUCAGACCAAGAUUCAAACGACGAAGCAGAAGAAGAAGCCAGUGAAACCACCAUACUAAACACGACCCACCGUCAAGCCCCAGAAUCCACAUGGGUCCCAGGGCAACAAGCAAAAUACGAGUGCGCAACCUGUACACUCUGCAGCACAGGCUCAGACUGUCCAACAGCGGGCCACCCUUUCAACACAGAACUCCAAACCGGACUGCGAUGCUAUCAACUCUCACAGAAACAACUAGAGGAGCUGGACACCCCGAAGCCGUACAAGAAACCGCCUAAGCGCUUUUACACGGAUGAUUUCACGUGGUACGUGGUUAUCCCUCUUGAGGAGGAGUGUGACUCGUUGAUUUUCAGGUAUAGAGUUGCGCUUGCGGAAAUGGAGAAUGCCAAGGCGACGAUUUAUACCGAGAAGCCGGAUGAUGAGGAUUGUGGGAAGGGUUUCGUUUUUGAAAUUGGCAUGAAACAGUCGACGGACAUAAAGAUGGUGCUUGAGGAGGCGAGAGAGAUACUCAGGGAUAGGCUGAGGAGUAAUGUUAAUGUUUGGGCGAUGGAGGUUAGUAUAGAUGAGUGGCAAUGA